GUGCAAGUGGAGUCAGCAGGACUGGUAUGCCUUCUCGCCUUGCACGCAAAACUAUGUCUACUCACAAGUCGAUCAGUCAGGAAACCGACCUGAAGUGAAGAAGCCAAAAACGAAGCUGAGUGACCGUGCUUGCGAGCACGCUGGCAAAGAUUUACCCACUCGCGAGCCAAGUCUUGAACCGUUCGUCGUUGCGGAGUAAAGUGAAGUCACAGGGGGAAACGGCCGGAGCCAAAAAAUGGUAAAUGUAGGAUUUUGUUUACUGUAGACAUCGUUCGUGUGGUUGCAGUGCCAGUGUUGGUACAAUAGCGUAGUAACCUGGUAAUCUGCUUGCCAGAGCGCGUACUGCAUGUGCCUGGAUGAACUGAAGAGGAUGAGAGAAGAUCAGAACGUUACACUGUGAAAAGGACACGUGCAGAUUUAGGCCGAACUUGGCACCGCUGAAGAGCUGGUAGCAUGAGUCACACAAGUUUCAAAUUGCUCCUGCAGAGGGAGAAAGCUCAACUGGAUGAACAGCGUGAGCAACAGCGAGCGAUCGACAUACAAAAUGUCUUGUCCCGUGCUAGUACCGAUCCUCCUCCGUUGCAAGCUGCCAGUGCUCCUCCGCGGAUCAAGUCGGAGCCGGCGGGUGGAAGUCGGUUGGAGAAUCCAACUUCGUUCCAUUUACAUGCAAGGCAGCAGCAGGACCAGGUUUCAUCGUCGGCGGCAGCAGCGUUCGGCAACUUCAUGUUUCCGCCUAGCCAAUCUCCGCUGUUGAGCCAUUCUCCCCAUAGUGUAUCGGACCUGCGCAUCGGAUCUGCGCCAGCCAGUGCCGGCCUGCCAGGAACGGCAGUAGCAGCAUCAGCAGCUGCAGGGCAAGGUGCUGGCAUUCUGGAUUUGGAGACGCUGGCCAGUAUCCUACCGGGCGAUUCGACUGCACUCUCAGCUUUCCUGCAACAGCAACAGCAGCAGCAGCUGUUGGCGGCUGCAGCCCAACGCUUGAGUCUGCAGAGCCCACUGUCAAGUCAAUCACCAUCACUAGGGGGAUCACUAGAAGGCAGUUCGUUGCUGGCGCAACUCGCCGCUAGUGGCGCCGAGCAUAAAGAAGUCGAGGAGCUGCUAGACGGACUGAUGGGCAUGGACACUACUGACGGCAAGUCUGAGGCGGGCAUGGUCGGCCUUGAUUCGGAUCUGUUCUCCCUGAGCAAGGGCAGCUCCCCGUCGAGCUCCCGGGCAUCCACGUCUGCUCCGUCGUCACUGCCCAAGGAAACUAGCAUGGGCGAGGGGGAGCGACCUAAGAUCAAGGAGCGCAUCAAGAAAGACAAUCACAAUCUCAUCGAGCGACGCCGUAGAUUUAAUAUCAACGAUCGCAUCAAGGAGCUGGGCACAUUGCUGCCGGGAACAGAUGCCGAGAACCGACACAACAAAGGCACAAUCUUGAAGGCGUCAGUCGACUACAUUCGCCGUCUGCAGAAAGCGGAGAAUCGCCACAAGGCCCAGCACCAACGUCACCGGCAGCUGGAGAACGUGAUCAAGUCGAUGAAGCAGCGCAUCCAGGAGCUGGAGAUCCUGUGCAAGGCGCACAGUGUGGAUACGCCGUCGCUGUCGCCCGAGACCUCCGUCCUGGCGCAGGUCAAUCUGGCGCAGAUGACUCUGGAACAGUGCGUGGCCGUGCUGGACACGGGCGCGCCUGGUGUGGCGUCGGCGUCCACGGCAUCAGCUGGUGGCUCUGCUGCUGCUGCUGGCGGCGACCUGAGCAGUGACGACGAGAGCAUGGACCCGUCACAGCAAGACUGCAUCGAAAUAGACAGCGAGGACGAUCUGGACACUACGCCGCCGGCAUCAAAUCAAUCCUCGCGCCGAGAGUCCCUGUCGAAGUCGAAAAGGUAGCCCAUAGCGCGCCGGAAGAGGUACCUUACUUGAAUGCACCCUGCACAUGCAUUCUAAUCUCGACAUGCACGCAGUAGAGUAGGCAACACAUCUGUUCACCAGAAAGCAGCAGACUGAACGCAGUUUUACACCGACGGUAGGACGAGUAGUACAUUUCUUGUGGUCUCGAUGCAUGAUUUAGUAUAUUGGUAGUAUUUUUACAGGGGUCUGAAGUGCAUUAGAUAGCAGAGCAACCAGCCGGUGAGUAGCCAUUUACCCGCGUUACCUCGUUUACUGAAAAUUCCUCUUGAUACAACAUUACCUGCACCCAUCUUGUGUCGUAAAUGCUUUCAGGUCUGUCCCAGGCUACGGUUGAUAUUCACGAGUCUAUACCUUCCGUAUCUGCUGCCCAAAUCAGAGAUCAGUUGAGACUCCUCGUCAAUUCCAGGCAGCCCAGAAACAUUAUACUUAUUUCCCUAUUUGCUUUGAAAAUAAUUUGACCUUUCUCCUCAUUAUUGCAAUCUAGGCUGGCACGAAUCAAGACAUUUCAAGUAGUUCGGCUUGCCAAGAUAUAAUGCCUCCUUCUGUCAAUGUUUGCAAUUCAAUUACUUCCUAUCAUCUAGUAGGUAGGGGCCAGCGCGAUCUAUCUUGAUUUAUAGGUUAGGCUAGUCAAAUGAUGGCUGAUUAAAAGAAACCUCAACAAAACCCGGUUGUCGCGGUAUGGCUGGUGUGAGUGAGGACUUUCUACGAGAGUUUCAUGCAUACACACAAUGCCUGGCACACAAGAAUGAUCAUGAAUACAUGGUCAGGCCCCCAGCCCAUUUACAUUAAUUUUCACAAGUCGAGAAGCCUCUUCGUCCUUUCACAAGUUUCAGUUCGGGAGAUUGCGAAGUCCUGCGAAAGA